UCACGCACGGCGCCUCCUCCCGGUCUCCGCGCUCCGCCCCGGGUGUCCCUCCGCAGACGGAAGCCGAGCAGGGCUGGGGGCACCGGGGACGGCGAGCGGCGCGAUGGGGGACUCUAAAGUGAAGGUGGCGGUGCGCGUCCGCCCCAUGAACCGCCGAGAGCUUGAUCUGCAUACAAAGUGUGUGGUGGAUGUGGAUGCAAACAAGGUUAUACUUCACCCCGUAAACACCAACCUUUCCAAAGGAGAUGCCAGUCGGACACAACCAAAGGUAUUCGCCUACGAUCACUGCUUUUGGUCUAUGGAUGAGUCCGUCAAAGAAAAAUACGCAGGUCAAGACGUUGUUUUCAAGUGCCUUGGGGAGAAUAUUCUUCAGAAUGCCUUCGAGGGCUAUAACGCUUGCAUCUUCGCCUACGGGCAAACAGGGUCUGGAAAAUCCUACACGAUGAUGGGAACCGCCGACCAGCCUGGCUUAAUCCCCAGACUGUGCAGCGGGCUCUUCGAGAGGGCCCAGAAAGAGGAGAACGAAGAGCAGAGCUUCAAAGUGGAAGUGUCCUACAUGGAGAUCUACAAUGAGAAAGUCCGAGAUCUUCUCGACCCAAAAGGAAGCCGUCAGUCGUUAAAAGUUAGAGAACACAGUGUUUAUGGUCCCUACGUAGACGGCCUAUCCAAACUGGCUGUUGCUAGCUACAAGGACAUCGAGUCGUUGAUGUCGGAGGGCAAUAAAUCGCGCACAGUGGCCGCCACCAACAUGAACGAGGAGAGCAGCCGGUCCCACGCCGUCUUCAACAUCAUCCUCACACACACGCUCUAUGAUGUGCAGUCGGGGACAUCGGGUGAGAAGGUGGGCAAGCUGAGCCUGGUGGACUUAGCAGGGAGCGAAAGGGCGACUAAAACCGGGGCUGCGGGAGACAGGCUGAAAGAAGGAAGCAACAUUAACAAAUCCCUCACAACUCUUGGGCUGGUUAUUUCUGCCCUGGCAGAUCAGGCUGCUGGCAAGAACAAGAACAAAUUUGUUCCUUAUCGGGAUUCCGUGCUCACUUGGUUACUUAAAGACAGCCUUGGUGGCAACAGCAAGACGGCCAUGGUGGCCACAGUGAGCCCGGCAGCGGACAACUACGAUGAGACCCUGUCCACGCUGAGGUACGCCGACCGGGCCAAGAACAUCGUCAACCACGCCGUGGUGAACGAGGACCCCAACGCGCGCAUCAUCCGGGAGCUGCGUGAGGAGGUGGAGAAGCUGCGGGAACAGCUCACGAAAGCUGAGGCUCUGAAAUCACCGGAAUUAAAAGAACGCUUGGAAGAAUCAGAAAAGCUGAUUCAGGAAAUGACCGUAACAUGGGAAGAAAAAUUAAGAAAAACGGAGGAAAUCGCACAGGAGCGGCAGAAGCAGCUGGAAAGCCUCGGCAUAUCUCUGCAGUCUUCCGGAAUCAAAGUCGGGGAUAAUAAGUGUUUCCUGGUUAAUCUGAACGCAGACCCAGCUCUCAAUGAACUUCUGGUGUACUAUUUAAAGGAGCACACGCUAAUAGGCUCGGACAACUCUCAAGAUAUCCAGCUGUGUGGAAUGGGAAUUCUUCCUGAGCACUGCAUUAUAGACAUCACCCCAGAAGGACAGGUUGUGUUAACACCCCAAAAAAAUACUCGGACAUUUGUAAAUGGCUCUGCUGUCGUGUGUCCCAUCCAGCUGCAUCACGGAGACAGGAUACUCUGGGGAAACAACCAUUUCUUCAGGCUGAAUUUGCCCAAGAAGAAAAAGAAGGCGGAGAACGAGGAGGAAGAGCGAGACAACGCCAUGAAGGGCAGUAAUAGCGUGGAGCAGCUGGACGUAGAUGGCGACAACUCCAGCGAAGUGUCCAGUGAGAUCAACUUCAGCUACGAAUACGCCCAGAUGGAAGUCACCAUGAAGGCGCUUGGCAGUAAUGAUCCAAUGCAGUCGAUCCUGCAGAGCCUGGAGCAGCAGCACGAGGAGGAGAAGAGAUCGGCGCUGGAGCGGCAGAGGCUGAUGUACGAGCACGAGCUGGAGCAGCUGCGCCGGCGCUUGUCACCAGAGAAGCAGCAUUUCCGCAGCAUGGAGCGCUUCUCCUUUCAUUCCCCCAGCGCACAGCAGCGCUUGCGGCAGUGGGCCGAGGAGAGGGAGGAGAUGUUGACCCACAGCCUAAGGAAGCUGCGCGAGCAGAUCGUUAAAGCCAAUUUGUAUGUGAGAGAAGCCAAUUUUAUCAGCGAGGAGCUGGACAAGAGGACGGAGUAUAAAGUGACCCUCCAGAUCCCAGCUUCAAGCCUUAAUGCCAACAGCAAGAGAGGUGCCAUUCUCAGCGAACCUGCGAUCCAGGUGAGGAGGAAAGGGAAAGGCAAACAGAUUUGGUCGCUGGAGAAGCUGGAGAAUCGACUGGUCGACAUGAGGGACCUUUACCAGGAGUGGAAAGACUGCGAAGAAGACAACCCAGUGAUGAGAGCUUAUUUCAGGAGAGCGGACCCGUUCUAUGAUGAGCAGGAAAACCACAGCCUGAUCGGAGUAGCCAACGUCUUUCUUGAGUGCCUGUUCUAUGAUGUGAAACUGCAAUACGCCGUUCCCAUCAUCAAUCAGAAGGGAGAGGUAUCAGGGCGUCUCCACGUCGAGGUUGUUCGAGUGAGUGGAGAGAUAGAUGAGAGGUUGGUUGGAGGGGAGGAUGGUCCCGACUAUUCCAAUGAAAAUGAUGCUCAGGAGAGAAAACUGGUCUGCAGGAUUAAAAUCCUUCAGGCCACAGGUUUGCCACAGCACCUUUCCAACUUUGUGUUCUGCAAAUACACCUUCUGGGAUCAACUGGAGCCGGUUGUUGUUGCACCCGAGGUGGAUCCUUCCUUGUCGUCCACCAGCAAGGAGCCGCGGUGCAUGGUUGUCUUCGAUCACUGCAAUGAAGUCUCUGUCAAUAUCUCCGAAGACUUCAUGGAGCAUCUUUACGACGGUGCUUUGGCCAUUGAAGUAUAUGGGCACAAGCAGAGCGGUGACCGCAAAAACCCAGCGCUGUGGGAUCUGGGAAUAAUUCAAGCCAAAACGCGCAGCCUCCGUGACAGGUGGAGUGAGGUAACCCGAAAAGUAGAGCUCUGGGUUCAAAUUCUGGAGCUGAAUGAGAACGGGGAAUACUGCCCGGUGGAGGUGACUCCAGCCAAGGACGUGUGCACUGGGGGCAUCUUCCAGCUCCGACAGGGGCAAUCUCGACGAAUUCAGGUUGAGGUGAAAUCCGUGCAGGAAUCCGGGACCUUGCCGCUGAUGGAGGAAUCGAUAUUAUCCGUUGGCAUCGGCUGCGUUCAAAUCAAACGGGUCAAAUCACUAAAAGGACCUGAAAAUUAUCAGGAAGAAGAGGAUGAAAUGGACAGUUAUCAGGACAGGGAUUUGGAGCGGCUCCGUCGCAAGUGGCUGUGCGCCCUGACCAAGCGGCAGGAGUAUCUUGAUCAGCAGCUGCAGAAACUCGAUGGAAAGCCUGAUAAAACGGAGGAUGAUGCAGAGCGGGAAGCGCAGUUGCUGGAGAUGCGGCUGACGCUCACCGAAGAAAGGAACGCUGUCAUGGUCCCUUCCGCGGGCAGCGGCAUCCCCGGAGCUCCGGCCGAGUGGACGCCAGUGCCUGGUAUGGAGACUCACAUUCCUGUUAUUUUCCUUGACUUGAGUGCUGAUGACUUCAGCUCCCAAGACAACCUGGAUGACGCCGAAGCGGGCGGGUGGGACGCCACCCUGGUUGCAGAAGAGGAGGAGGAAUUCUUUGAGCUGCAGAUCGUGAAGCAUCACGACAGCGAGGUGAAAGCAGAAGCCUCAUGGGAUUCCACAGUCCACGACUGUAUCCAGCUCAGUAAGGGAACAGCGGCAGAUGAAAGAGUUUAUCUCAUUGUGAGAGUCACCGUCCAGCUCAGCCAUCCCGCAGAAAUGCAAUUAGUGCUGCGCAAGCGCAUUUGUGUUAACGUAUACGGCAGACAGGGUUUUGCACAGAGUUUCCUCCGAAGGAUGUCGCACCGGAGUUCCAUCCCUGGCUGCGGUGUCACUUUUGAGAUAGUCUCAAAUAUUCCAGAGGACGCUCAAGGAGCUGAAGAGCGGGAGGCACUGGCCCGAAUGGCAGCGAAUGUUGAAGACGCAGCUUCAGCCGACUCGGAAGCCUAUAUCGAGAAGUACCUGCGCAGCGUGCUGGCCGUGGAGAACAUUCUCACCUUGGACCGGUUGCGCCAGGAAGUUGCAGUGAAAGAGCAGCUGAUGGGAAAAGGGAAACUGUGCCGCAGGAGCCUGAGCUCUCCCAAUGUGAACCGGCUUUCUGGAAGCCGCCAAGAUUUAGCACCCCCCUAUAACCUGAGCUUUAACCGGAGCCCAAAGGUCCCAGCAGAGGGCCGAUGGGAGAGUCAGCAAGAUGUAUCCCAAGGUGCCACAAAUUCCAGUAGAAUCAGCCCGUCUCGUACCUCUCUGCCAGGCUCCGGGCAGCAAAACCGCUCCCCUGAUCCAGGUAUUGGUAGCCUUGCUGCUUCCUACUUGAACCCCGUCAAGUCCUUCGUGCCUCAGAUGCCAAAGCUGCUCAAGUCUCUUUUUCCUGUCCGAGAUGAGAAGAAGGGCAGGCAGACCUCUCCUCUUGCUCAGCAGGCUGUCCCGCGGAUUAUGGUCCAGUCGGCCGGUACCGACGCCAGCGCCGCGAGGAUCAAACAGAUUAUCCAAGAGCAAGCAGGGGAACGGCCACUGGAAACCGCAGCGCAGACGUCUGAGAUGGACAAGAGUGAGGACAAGUCACCCAAAGUGCCUUCGCAGCAGCUCACAGGAGAUGCCCAAGCGCAGGACACCCAGGAGGGGCCUCCAAGCCCCCUGAGCGAAGCCUCCAGCGGGUACUUUUCCCACAGCGUCUCCACAGCCACGCUCUCCGAGGCCCUGGCAGCGGGAAGCGACGCCGCGGCCCAGCCGGGAGGCCAAGCGCCCACGGUGAGCGACUCCUCGUCUCCCGGCGUGGCUCAAACCACUUCUUGUGACACACCGGGGCACUCAGAAAGCUUUCUUGGUACUAAACGAGAGAGUCCGCCCGCCUUCGGCCUUCAGAGCGCUCACACAACAGCUAAAGACGGCACUGAAGUGAACGGGAGCGAUGCUGCGAAAUCAAAGUCCUGCACAUCUGUGACUGCGAGCGAGCUGGCAAAUGACGCCUCUGUGGCCACCGAUGCAAAAACCUCCGUUUCUACCUCCGCUCCGAAGAAGGAGUCGUUAUCCAAACAAUCAACGGAGCCGGCGGGACAUGCUCGGAUAAAAGAAACGUCGUCUGUGGCUUCAGAACUGGGGUUUCCCAAACCACAGGUUCAUGCUGAUCAAUUGUCCCAGCCUGGCGUCGCAGCGUCUCCCUUCAAAAUCCAGAAAGUGAAGACGUCGGAGCUGAAGUCCUUCACCAGCAUGCUGGGGACGGAUCCCCCGUGUUGGCCAAACGCAGAAGAGCAACAAGAAGCAGAAAAGAGCAUGUCCAGUGCCCGUGGAAUGAACCACAACGGGGCAGACACGGCAGAGGACAAACUGGAGGUGAAUUCUGACUCGGAAGAUGCCAACGAAGUUCCCGAGUGGCUGAAAGAGGGAGAAUACGUCACCGUCGGUGCAAAUAAGACGGGCACAGUUAGAUACAUCGGGCCCACAGACUUUCAAGAGGGAACGUGGGUUGGUGUCGAACUGGAUUUACCUUCAGGUAAGAAUGACGGCUCGAUUGGAGGGAAGCAAUAUUUCCGAUGCAACCCGGGCUAUGGGUUGCUGGUGAAACCCGGCAGAGUGCGAAGGGCCACGGGAGCGGCGAGACGGCGAAGCACCGGGCUGCGGCUACAAGGAGCGACCGCCGAGAACAGAAGGAGCAGCGGCUUGUCCGGCUCGGGCUCCAGCCUGGCGUCCCUCACCGCCAUGGCCAAACCCGAUGGAGCAUCCACACCACGACCGGAGAAAAGCCAGAAAAACGCCGAGAACCGGAAAUCUUGGGCAAAUUGAGACGGGGGGGCAGCUCCUCCACCUUCAGGGUGAUAAACCAACCACGCGAACUUGAAUUUGUGGCAAACGCUAAUGAAGGUUAUUUUCUUGUUUUCCUCUGCUUUGGGUGGUUGACACAUUAAUUCUUGGCCUUGUCAUGGUGCUGGGGCUACGUCCUUCGGUUCCCAUCACAGAUGGUGACGCUUCAGGUGGCGAUGUGAGCUCUGCUCUCUCCCACCUUUCAGACAACGAAGAGACACGUAAAUGGUUCAAACUACAGCGUUGUUUUCCACUACACUUUACACACUACGCUCCUCUUGCUGCGACUGCAAUUUCUACAAAAAAGAAGCCUCAAAAUAACUUAUUUUCUAAUUUUAAGUCCGUAUGGUGAAAGGGCAGGUUUAUAAUGAUUCCAGGCAGGCAGAGAAGCAAACAUAAAACUUUAUUUGGAAAUAAACAACCCCCAAAACCCAUUUUAUUUUAAAAAAGCUACAGCUCUUUGGUUGUGUGACCUGGGCCGUUGAUUGUCCUGUGGAAAUCAGCAGAAUCCUUCUCGCUGAUUUACAGGGUAUUGGAGAAAUUGGUGGUUUUGACCCCUUCUUUUUGGGAAAGAGGGGAGUUGAGCGAAUUCACUGUCUAAUCCAUUGAACCAUAACGGGAUCUCCUCUCUCACUUGCCCCAAAGCGCCGGGACCUUCUCGUAGGUUCCGAUUUUCGCGGUGGCAUCGGCACUCGGUGCCGCAAUGUUCCCCCGGCCUGUGUGUUUUUAGGCAUUACACAAGCAGGGGGUCACUGGCCUCGCAACGGGACUAACCCGCUCUAUUUAUUUUUAUUUAUUGUUUUAAAACACGAAAGGUUUGCGCUUUACAAUCACCCACCGUGAGCUCCGCCGCCCCGAGAGGAGGAUCUUCCAUCCCAAACCUCGGCCCCACCACUAAUCCCGCUCUUAAAAGCGUGAGGUUUUAUUAAACUUGGUUUUAUUUUUGGUAACCCCUACUGUUUUUUUUAACCGUGGCGCAAAUUACUGUGUGCCCAUAUAUAUAAAUGUGCGCAUAUCAACCUACACUCAUUUUCUAACAAAUCAAGACCACAGACUUUUGUAUUCUGAGCUAUGUCUUGUUUAGUCACCACGUUGGACAGCUUGAGCAAUAGCCGUUUGAUCUACAUGGGGAAUAUUUCAGAUGCUAAAUUAAUGAUUAAACUUUAAUAUGCACCUAAUCGCUGCCCAUGGGUAUCCAAGUGCCUUAGCCAUCUGGUUCAGGGGUCCAAGAGAAAGAUAUAUUGUCAUCAGAGGAGAUAGAGAUGCUUAGCGAAGGAGAUAAUUAUGCUGAUUUACUGUAAUUAAUAUCAUUUACGCAGAAGGAAUAAAAUUAAAAUAGAAACUAAUCUGUAGCAGCAUUAAGUGGGUUGGGUUACAAUGCGGCAUGCGUAGGGAUUUGGGUGUCCUUGCAGCUUUUUGUGACUAGUUUCAGUGUUUCCUAAAUUUUACCUAAAGGAAUCUUAAUAUAAAAUGUACAGACCAGCUUUUAAAAGACAUUUUUAGUGUACAGUUUUCCCUCCUUGUCCUUUGCACGAAGCUCCUGUCCAUUCAAGCCAAGGCGAUGGGAGGAAUUUAGCAGCAAAGAAUCCAGACGCUAAAAUCCUGGUUUUUAAAGUCGUGACUGUUUUUAUAUCUGUGACUAGAAAAACAACGCUUUGAUUUGGGAAACGAUGAGUCUCGCUGAUGAAUUCCCGUCGCUAAUUAACAUGAUGCCUCUUAAACUUGCCUUGUGAAUCUUCUCAACCCCAUCUUUACCAUGUUCCAAAUUGCACUUUGUUCUGCGGAAAGUUCGUUAAUGUGAAACAGCCCCCUGCCCGAGCUGUGGGUUAUUAUUUUAGUCUCAGCAUUUCAUGGACUGGAUUUAGGGAUAUCUUUAGGAUUUCCUGCUGUUUGCGUGGAGAGACGAAGGGAAGAACCUGCGGAUCCUUUGGAAGCCUCUUUUCUGUGUUCUCCAGGACCGAUGAGACGGGAGCGAAGGCGCCGGAGCGAAGGGGUCAAGCAGAUGCCGUUGGGUUAAUAGUUCACUAGUAGCACCACCCACUAGCAAUUCCUCCAGCCGUAUUCUUACAUCUCACUGCACAGGGAUGAAUUUCAGUGUUUGCCCACCGGGGACGUGCGGUCGGAGGCUCCAAUGUCUGAUAUGGUUGGGUUUCUUCUACAAAAACCACGUGUUGAGUGGGGUUGGAACAGAACAUUCUUGCCGUCCCCUGCAGGUGAGUUAUCCUGGGAGCAAAGGUGUUAAAUCUGGCCGGUGUGGUUUGAAUUACCAGCAGGUGAUGAGGAUAAUGGAGCAGCUCUGUCACCAGAGCGCCCGCCUGGGUUUACUGGGGGAUUUUACUCGGAGCUCUCUUGGGUUUUACCGUCUCGUUUGACUUUGGAAACUCAACCUCUCCUCAAAUUCCACCCGAAAAAUGAAGCUGCCCUAUAAAUGCGUCACCCCGAUUGGACACAAGCUCCAGAAAGCCAAACAAAUGGAAUUUGAGGAUGUUCUUCUCGGACUCCAUCCCGCUCGGCCCAGCGCUCCUGGGCCCCCAAGGCUUCUUCUAAUGAUAUUUUCCAAGAUUUUGGUGCGGUGAGAGCGCAUCCCUCUAAAAGCCAUCGUUACUUUGCACCAGCUAACCAGAAAACAGUUUAAAACUGUAGAGUAGCUUACAUAGAUAUCUUUUUAAUUAUUAUUAUUGAUAACUAACAUUAGAAGAACUCUACACUCAGCAUAAAGGAGGAGGUGCUCUUAACUGGAACUGCCCAGCAGCUGAGGCUGGUCUGUUAAUAGCUAUGCAUAUUUUCCAAGGUUUUCAUGCACUUUAUACAAGAGAAGAAGGAUAUUUAAUGCAGGAACUGUAAUUUGGGAGGCGAGCUUUGCUUUCUGUGUUCUGCGCUGGGGACGGGGGUAGAAAACGGUGUUGGUGAGUUGGAAAUGUUGGGGACGUGACGUUGGGGACGUGUUCGUGUCUCCACAGGUCCUGAGCUUGGGGUUUUUGCUCUGCUCAGCCACGACGAUGACGCUUUUCGGAGGGACUUUUUUGGGUUUUCUUAACCCAAGCCACGACUUUUUCCUGCGUUACGUUCAGCUCUCAAGGUGUUUCCAUCUCUUCGUCCAAAAUAUUAAUGUUUUCGGUUCAAGGGACGUUUCUCUUCGAUGGAGUUUAGUUGAGGAAAAGCUUAGUUGUGGUAAUAAUGCCCAAGUCCUUAAGAAGUGAGUUUGUGCAGUGGUUGGGAUGGGAUCCAACAUCCAACACCUCUUGCUUUCCUCAGUGGCUGAGAUGGAAUCCAACUCCUCUUUGCUUGCUUAGUGAUUGAGUUGGAAUCCAACAUCCAACACCUCUUGGUUUGCUCAGUGGUUGAGUUAGAAUCCCGCAUCCAACACCUCUUUGCUCAGUGGUUGAGAUGGGAUCCAACAUCCAAAACCUUUUGGUUUGCUCAGUGUUUGAGAUGGGAUCCAACAUCCAACACCUCUUUGCUCAGUGGCUGAGAUGGGAUCCAACUACUCUUUGCUUGCUCAGUGGUUGAGUUGGAAUCCAACAUCCAACACCUCUUGGUUUGCUCAGUGGUUGAGAUGGGAUCCAGCACCUCUUGGUUUGCUGAAUGGUUGAGUUGGAAUCCAACAUCCAACACCUCUCUGUUUGUUCAAUGGUUGAGAUGGGAUCCAACAUCCAACACCUCUUUGCUCAGUGGCUGAGAUGGGAUCCAACUACUCUUUGCUUGCUCAGUGGUUGGGAUGGGAUCCAACAUCCAACACCUCUUGGUUUGCUCAGUGUUUGAGAUGGAAUCCAACAUCCAACACAUCCUAUGGACCAAGAAACCCCCUCGUUCCCACCUGUCGGUCAUGAAAACCCACACAAGAUGAGUUGGGGCGUUGUGAGGAUCCGUUUGUGCUGGUGAGGAGUUUUCCAUGCUGAUGCUUGUGUUGUUGUGCCGGUUCUUUGCACAAGCUCCGUUUUCACAGUGCCUUAGGUCAGCAGCCGCGGGGCCGGAUUUGGCACCGUCCGCCUGGAUUUGGGCAAGAAACAUCAUCAGCGAAGGUGCAGGUUGGUCACAUACCAAACCCUCUUGAGCUGGGGGUCACAAUAAGUGUCUUGUUGCUCCAUCCUCUUUCCCCAUCUUUGGGUUCUGCUCUCUCCACCCUCUGAGCAAUAACGGGCAGGGGGGGAAAACCCUUCCCCAAUUCAAACAUCCUCGUCCUCAGCUCCGUUCCUCCCCUUUUCCCUUUUCUCGCCGUGUCCUGAGCCUUUUCCAGCUCGUCUUCCUGUUGAGUUCUGUAAAUGUGGUGGGUCUGUAUAUAACGAGCGGCUCUUUGCCCCGUGGCGUUACGUGUCCGUCGGUGUACUUUAAAUGAGCUAAAAAUCCAAAGAUGACUUCGUAAUGACCUGUAAAGUUUUUAAUUAUGACUGUAAUAUUGUAUUAUACAUCCAGCGCGGCCUGCUGUACUUAAAUAAAUAUCAUCUUUAGAGCUGGGAA